CAUUUUAUUAUUAUCAUUUUAUAUCCCUUAUCUCUCUCAUUAAUCUGAAACCAAAAAUGGGUGCUUGUUGCAGCAAAACUAGUACUAUCACUUCAACCCCUACCCCACCACCGGAAGUCAAAGUCAAACCAAACCCACAACCACCGGAAAACACCAUUAGUUCCGUCCCCGUGGUUGCUAAAGUUCAAGAAAAUCUGAAAAAAGAUGUUUUCCUUGUGAAAAAUAGAAAAAGUCAUGAAAUUGAUCGAAACCCAGAUCAGGAAAUCCGAAAAUCUGUCGAUCGGAAGAAGACCCAUGAGUGUGGAUUUUCCGGCACCGGUGCCGGAGAGGUGGCCGGAGACGUCGGUGAGCCGGUGAGAGUGAUGGGUUCGGCGGUGAGGACCUCGAGUUGUACGAAGGAAGAAGUGGAUGCGAUUUUGAUACAGUGUGGGAGGCUUAGCCGGAGUUCAUCUGGGGUGAAACCGGCGGCCGGUGGUGAAACGCCGACACGUGGCAGGAGGUAUUCCGGUUCAAAGAGAAGUUUCGAUUUUGAUAUCGAAAUGGGUACGAAAAAUGAUGGUGAAGAUGAGGCGGUGGAUGGAGAAAGUCACCGGAGACGGCAGAGGGAGGUUAGGGUUUCAUCGCCGUCUUCGAGACGAAGAAGUAGAGAAAGAGAUGGACAGAAACAGAGAUCUGGGAGUAAAGAAAGAGGAAGUGGGAGUGGAAAUGGAAGGAGAGUUAGUAGAUCCCCAAAUCGAAGAUCUGAAUCUCCGAAUCCUAAUUCGAAUGGUGGUGUAGGUAGUGCUGUUGGCGGUGGUGGCGGCAUUAGGCCAGGGAAGAUGGUUUCGGUUCCGGCUACAGAUAAGAGUAAUAGUGGUGCUGGUGGUGAGGGGGUUAAUGGUGCAGGAAUGAAGAGGAUUCAAGUGAAGCGAAAUGGAGGCGAGACGGUGGGUUCUCGGACUGUGGCGUCUCCACGGGCCAGGUCGCCGGCUCGGGCGAAUAUUAGGGUUUUGAAUGAGAACCAGCAGCCGGUGACAUUGAGUCGAAGCAAUUCGAGAAAGGCUGAACAUUCUCCUUAUAGAAGGAAUCCUUUAGCUGAAAUCGACACCAAUGCUGCUGCUGGAUCUGAGCAACCGGGCAUUAAAAAACUAAAUGGUGAAAAGACAAUGAAUAACAAAGACAACAAUGUUGUUGUUACUAAAAACAGCAUAGCCAAAGAAAACCAUGUGAUUGAUGAGGCGAAAAGUGCAAUUGAGAAUCCAAAACAUAAUCAAAUUGUAUCUAGAACCCGAUCUUCAAGGCUAUCUCGAGACCUAGAUAUAAACCCCGAAACUUUACUUACCCCUAACCCCAACCCGACAACCUAUGCUAGUUUGUUACUUGAAGAUAUCCAAAGUUUUCACCAGAAAAACCCCACCAGCACACCAGUAACACCACCAGCUUUUUCGCUGCCGGCCUGUGUCAGCAAGGCGUGCUCGAUUCUUGAAGCAGUAGCUGACCUGAACUCUGCCACAAGCUCAAAUGACUUUCAGUUCAAAAAAGAAAAUCUUGUGGAGUCUGAGAAAGCGGUUAAUGAUGAUCUGAUGGAACCAAGUCUGCACAAGUAUGUGACUGUGAGAAGGGGCGGUGAUGCAGAUGCUGAAGAACAGGAAUCUUCAGGGAGCAAUAGCUUUGCAGGUAGUCAUCAAAUGAGUUGGAUGUCGUCUUCUUGGGAGCCAAAUUCAGCUGAUUCCACAAAUUGCUACACUUCUACUUCUUCAAAGUCAAACAGCCGAGAUAAUGAGCUUCAAAGAGGCAGUGAGUUUCCAAGGAAUGGAAUUGGACGUGGACGAGUUGGUAUUCCUGGUAGAAGUGCUUACUCUUUGCCAAAUAAUGCUACAGCCGCGUCAACUUAAUCUGUUGAACAUACUUUGUCGGUCUUUCUUUUUAUUGGAACAGAUUUCUUUUAGUUGGUUGCAAACUUGCAACUUUGUGAUGUAUUUGAUUCAUAUAUUGUUUUGAUCUUGAAGUUUAAUAUUGAUUUUGAACUCAUAUUUGUGCUGUUGAUGAAAGAGCAGAAAACUGAACCACGAAUUUGAUUCAUCCAACAGGCAUCAAUCUCAUUUGUUUAUCGA